CAGUAAUAUUUUUAACGCUGAAUUCAAUUUACACGAGGCUAGUAGUAUGGGCUAUACUCAUACUAACCAUGCCACGUAAGAAAAUAAUAACAAUAUUUAAUGUAAUUACGUACUAAAUAUGGUAUUGGGUGAAAUUACUGAAACACCCCCAAACCAACCCUAUCCUGCUAUGCUAUGCAGUCUUGAGUCAUGCGAAUAAAUACAAAAUAGAAGGUUCCAGGAACUGACCGCUGCCUCUUUUUCUACCUGUGCUCUGUUCAUCAAAGUCUCCUCUCCUCACCACGCUUAAAUAUUCGUUGCCUGGUUUUUCUGGAUUCAAUCAAUUCCUGAAUUUUUCGAUCCAUCGACGAUGUUCAUUUGUGGCACCGGAAGUUUCAGCGACGGCGAGGCGAGCACCGCUUCCGCGGCUAAGAGAUCGAAGAGAACCGCAAGUUUCUGCAAAAUCCUCGGCAAGGAGAACUUCGGCAACAACAAUAAGAAUCCCUACGCCGACCGCGGACUCGACAAGUUCUACGCUCUCCUCGCGGAUCUCGAUGACCGGAAGCAGAAGAUCUACACGCGGUUGGGAUCGGAGGAGAUUUCCUUCGUCCGGUUCGUCUAUACAAACGACGAAGUGGACCACGUGAAGCCGAUCGUCGUCAAAGCGAAGGAGAGGAGUCGCGAGAAGGGGAAGACGCCGCAUAGCCUCGUCAAGCAACUUGCGAAUGCCAAUAGCAACAAUCGGAUCAAUCCUGGCGACGAAAUUGCGGUUGCGGAGAAGGAGGAGGUCGUUCCUGAGGAGAAAUCGGAUGCAAAGAAGAGCACUAGUAAGAAGAGGAGAUGCUUGGUGAGGUGCAAGGGAAGCUUCACUCUGGAAAGCUUCCGGCAACCUUAUUGGUGCUUCCUUGCGAUUGUGGCGUUGAUUAUGGUGUCGCUCGCGGUUUUUGGUCGGUCCUUCGCCAUUCUCUGUACGUCCAUCGGAUGGUAUUUGGUGCCUAGCGUAGUAGCAGGAAGCUUAUCCUCCUCCUCCUCCUCCUCCUCCUCUUCCUCUUCUGCUGCUUCUUCUUCUUCAGUCAAUGAGAGGAAACCGAAGAGGAAAAUUGAGUUUCAGAGCAAGCUAAGUGAGAAGAAGAUGAGUAUGCAGAGCGAGGAUCCAUCUUCUCCGACGAGUGUCAUCAAUGGAUUAUCAGAUCACAGUAGGAAGGUCCCCAAACACCGCCAUGGCCAGAAAAAGAAGCUUUUGAAGAUUUCUUCGAUCUGAGGCUUCCCGGUUUGUACUUUCGUAUUGGAUAAUGUAAAUAACUUUUUCUUUUUAUAAAAAUAUAUAUACACUACUAUAUAAAAUUUCAGUUAUAAAAAAAUGUUCAUUAUCCUUUUUAUAUGGUGAAGUAAACUGCCACUUCCCACUUUCUAAUUAUAGAUAUAUAUUCAGGUUAACGUGUGUAUAUUCAUGUUUGAUAAUAUUUGUUGAAAUUUA